GAGAGAUUGGCAACAAGAGAGACGAAGAAGACGAAAGAAAUAAGAGAGAACCCUGUCUCGCCUGAGAGGGUUGGAGAGGAGAGAUGGGCGGCUGGGCAAUCGCCGUGCACGGCGGAGCCGGAGUAGACCCUAACCUUCCCCUGGAGCGCCAACAACAGGCCAAGGCUCUCCUCACUCGCUGCCUCAAUCUCGGCAUCUCCGCCCUCCGCUCCUCCCUCCCGGCUAUCGACGUCGUCGAGCUCGUCGUUCGAGAAUUGGAAACGGAUCCACUGUUCAACUCCGGCCGCGGAUCUGCUCUGACGGAGAAAGGGACGGUGGAGAUGGAGGCCAGCAUCAUGGACGGGAACGGCAGGCGAUGCGGCGCCGUUUCAGGGAUCACAGCAGUGAAGAACCCCAUCUCCCUCGCCCGCCUCGUCAUGGACAAGUCUCCUCACUCUUAUUUGGCCUUCUCCGGCGCCGAGGAGUUCGCCAAGCAACAGGGAGUCGAAAUGGUCGGCAACGACUACUUCGUCACCGAGGACAACGUCGGAAUGUUGAAGCUCGCAAAGGAAGCCAAAGCCAUUCUGUUCGAUUACCGGAUUCCGCUUGAAUCGACGUGCGGAGCGGCGGCGGAGAGCCCGAUUCAGAUGAACGGGCUUCCGAUAAGCAUAUACGCGCCGGAGACGGUGGGGUGCGUGGUGGUGGACGGCGAGGGGAGGUGCGCCGCCGCGACGUCGACCGGCGGGCUGAUGAACAAGAUGACCGGGAGGAUCGGCGACUCCCCGAUCAUCGGGGCCGGGACCUACGCGUGCGAGGUGUGCGGAGUGUCGUGCACCGGGGAAGGGGAGGCCAUCCUGCGUGGGACCCUUGCACGUGACGUGGCGGCGCUAAUGGAGUACAAGGGAUUGGGCCUCCAGGAAGCGGUGGACCACGUGGUCCAGAAGAGGCUGGACCAAGGGAAGGCGGGCCUUAUAGCUGUGUCCAAUAAGGGGGAAGUGGCCUAUGGGUUUAACUGUGUUGGGAUGUUUAGAGGUUUUGCCACUGAAGAUGGGUUCAUGGAAGUUGGGAUUUGGGACUGAAUAAAUUUUCUCAUAUUUAUUUUUUGGGUGUCUUUUGUAAUUUUCCUUUGUUGGUGGGUUUUGAAUAAACUUAAACUUGUCCU